UAUAUAGAGAUUUUUAAUUCGCACUUGUUUAUAUACUUUAAUGUUGGUUGGGUUCGGUGCGAAAUUGUAGCUUUCGUCUUCCUCCUUCAACAACAAUGCCUGUCAAAUGGGUUUUACACUGGCAGCCAAAUCAAGGCUCGACAGUAAGCAGCCAGAUCCUAAACGAAGCUACACAAUGCGUAGAGAGCAUCAAUGGUGUCAAAGAAGGAAGAUGGAAAGCUACCCUCAACUAUUACAAACCCUUGUUACGAGACCAAACCAACCAAGCCGAGUUCCCUCGUGAUUUCCUUGGGAUCUCGCUCGCUGAUCAGCCCAACAAGUACUACUUCAUCAUCAGGUCUCAGAGGAUUGUGGUUGAAGCUGAUUCGUCUAUUCAAUUGAUCAUGGAGAGGCUUCAGUCUUAUAAAUCCAAAGUUGCCCUGUACUUUGAAGGGUUUCAGUAUCAGCUUGGUGAUUUUAGAUUGAGAGUUGGUAAAGUUGUUCCUACUCAUUCUGAGAAUGUUAGAGGAAUCGUCAUGGAGGUGGAGUAUCUUCCUAUAUCAUCAAUGGAAAAGUCAAGAAAAGUGAUGGAGGAGUUCUUGGAGAUAUGGCAUGAAGCUCUGUCUAAAAGGUCGUUGCCUGGUAAGUUUGUGAACAUAGAUCUCAACUUUGGGGAGUUUGGACUUGGAGACAAUUACACUCCACAACACACCGCUGUUCGAUAUGCUCUCGUGAUGGCUCACAUGAUUGCUACGGUUCAAGCUGUGAGAGGCUAAACAAAAGACACAGCUUUG